AGUGGAUUAGACAGAACAGAAAUAUGGAUGGGAAUAAGAGACAUAUGAUUGGACGUAAAACAAUCAUGGAGACUGUCCAAUACAGGUGGAUAUUGAUCACGCACUCUGUACAUCAAAUCUGACGUCAUUAGUCUACUGUGUUGCAUCAAGUUUUCGAUAUAAACAUCUCUCCUCCUAUAUUGAUCGACUGAUCCUAUAGGACAUUUGAACAGUAUAUCCCAUACGGUGUACACUACGAGCAGAAUGAGUAACAACAUCCUUAUCCUCGGCGCUACCAGAGGCCUAGGUGCCUCCCUACGGAAGCUCUAUGCUUCCAACCCAUCCACCAAGACCGUCUUCGCAACCGCACGCGGGAACCCUGCCCCGGAAAGCAGUGAAUCCCGCACCACAUGGCUCACGGAUAUUGACGUUUCCCAGCCAGAUGUCGGUCAGAAACUCACCUCACAACUCCCAUCCUCUACCAGGCUCUCCACAGCAAUCAUCACAGCGGGCUAUUUCGGCUUCGAAUCAUUCGAUAACCCAGACUGGGAGAAGCAGGUGAAGAUGUACACGACGUCUGCGAUUGGUCCGGUAUUCGUGGUGCAGAAUCUUGUGAAAGCAGGUUAUCUGGACGAAGGGAGUAAGGUGAUUCUUGUGAGCAGUGAGAGCGGAAGUAUUACAUUGAGACAUGAGAAGGAAGGCGGAGGGAAUUAUGGACACCACGCUAGUAAGAGCGCGUUAAAUAUGGUAGGAAAGCUGCUCAGUUUGGAUCUGAAGGGCAAGGGUAUUGCGGUUGGCUUGGUGCAUCCGGGGUUUAUGCGGACGGAGAUGACGAAGAGUGUUGGGUUUGAUAAGUUCUGGGAUGCUGGCGGUGCUGUUACCCCCGACCAAUCAGCCGAGUCACUCGCAUCGUUCAUAGAUGGCUUCAAUAUCAGCAAGACGGGACAGUACUGGGCACCACGGGGUCCUGGUGACAUUGGCACUGCGGACGAUGUGCUUGGGGGCGACUUGCCGACGCCGUUGCAAUUGCCUUGGUAAUGGUGCGCAGUGCAGUAUAGAUUUGAGGCGUGUAUAUAAUGCGCGUAUACACAUGGCCCAUUAACAACUGAAUCUAAAUGAUUGAAAGUAUUAAGAGUGACUUAUAAGGCUAGAUAAAAGAUGAUCUGCAAUAUAUAUAUCCCUCAAUCUGCUUGUAGUCUCAAAAG